AACUUUAUAUUGGACAAAUUACUCUAGAGAAUAUCAGAUAAUACAAUCAGAUCUUGAUGGAAAAAACUCUCGAAGUAUUCUGCAUUCUGAAUAUAAGAGGUGGUUACUCCAUACAUCAAAUUUAUUAGAUGUAAAAAUUGACGAUAUGAAUAUAACAAAGAAGCCGCUAGUUUAUUUGCUACACCACUAUUCUUUGAUUGUGACAGACAUUAACGUUUUUAUGUACAAUUUAAUUUUAAAUUCGACAAGAUUUAAUUAUCCAGUCGAUGAGAUUAAGGACAAUAUCAUAUUUUUCAAAUUUUUUACAAUUGACAAGACAAACAUUUACAUUUCUGCAACUCCGAACAUUAUACUUGUUUUGGAGAAAAAGUAUGCACUUCUCGAGAGCGCAGACGCAUUCAACCACACCAAACAGAUAAAAGCAUCUUCCUUGUGGAUUAAUGACUUGUAUGCUUUCGGUAAACCUUUGCAAUCGUAUCCUCCGAACAGAUGUCUGACACCUGACGAAAAAGUUUACAACGAAUUGAUGUACACAAUAACGACGAACAGCAUUAUCGUAAAUCUUCCGGAGCUUAUCCCCAAGAGUGGAUGCAAAAACAACUUACCUGCCACUUUAUAUACCAUCAACAUCAUAAGCUAUUGUUUGGACAAGAAGCUUAACAAGUUCGAUAAUUUCACCGUACAGACGUACGAGCGAUAUUACGAGAUUCAGAAUUUAACGCCGUUUACAGAGUACAAGUUACUGCUAGUAACAAGCAAUUUCUAUUUUGAUCGGUUAUCAAUGGACCCGUUAAUCGGCUCGGAAGUGAUACUAAGAACUAAACCGAGUAAGCUCGACGCACCGGAAGAUGUGAUAGUUCAGGCUCUGACCCCUACUAUAGCGGCAGUUUAUUGGAUGCCAAUCAAGAAAUUAAACUGCGCGUUCGUGAUGUACAAAAUAUACUGGACGUUAAUUACCAACAGUACGCGAGAAACAAGACAGUCCUUAAUUAUCAAUAAAACCGAGCAUAAAGUAGACAGCAAAUUUUCCAUAAUCGAACCAUUGAUACCAGGACAGAAAUACAGAGUAUAUGUAAGCAUAUAUCCAGGCAACUUCAGCGAAUAUUAUAAUAAUAGUUUGAGCAAAACUUUGUACAUGUAUUCGGAACCAAACAAUAUAACUUUGAACGAGGUUAGCAUAAACGGUAUGAAUAUCUCGUGGAUUCCUAGCGUUAAUUUGACAAUUCAAUACGUAUUGGAAUACAAAAAUGUUGAGAUGCUGGAGUGGCGGAAUGCAAACAACUUUGAGCCGAUUAACGAAGGGAAAGUAAUGUACUAUAUAGAAGAUUUACUACCAGGAACUCGAUACGAGUUUCGUUUGAUACUGAGAUACCCUAAAUACGAGAAAGACUUUACAUGGCCAUCUGAUGGAAGAUUUACUUUUUCAACACUGACAAGUGAUAUUUUGAGCACUCCUGGAAUAUCGGUUAUGCAAUAUUGCCUAUCAUUCACCGUAAGCUUUGUCGCUACAGUUACUGUAAUCUGCGUCUGCUACUUUUACUAUUUGUAUCGAGAACGCAAAAAAAGUAACGAGCAAAUUUUGCCUCCGAUAAUGACCAACAUCGAAUUAGAGACUUUACAUGAGAUACCUAACGUUCCUAAUGUUCAAUUCAACUUAUACAGUCCUAUGUUGGAAUAUAAUUCGGAUAAAUAUGCACUGACCAAAAUCAAACGUGAGGAAAUCAAACUAGAAAAACUUUUAGACAGAGGCGGAUUCGUUAAGAUAUUUCAAGGAAAAGUAAAGAAUUUAGAAAAACCGGGCAUAGAGAUAUCCGCUGCCAUAAAAAUGCUUCGAAAAAAUGCUUCUUUGCAAGAGAAAAAAAGGUUUUUAGAAGAAGCGAGGCUUAUGAAUCAUUUUCGACAUAAACAUGUGCUAAGAUUGCUGGCCGUCUGCUUAGAUAAAGAUUCUCCUUCGAUCGUUUUGGAAUUAAUGGAAAUUGAUCUGCUACAAUAUUUGAGAGAUAGUCAAAAAUUGCAACCGUCAGAUUCGCACGCUCUGCGUUUGCAAGAUUUAUUCGCCAUGUGCGAAGAUGUUGCGCGAGGUUGUUGCUACCUGGAAGAUCUGCGUGUCGUUCAUAGAAAUCUAACGUGUCGUAGUUGCUUAGUAUCCGCGAGAGAUCGCGAGAACCGUGUCGUCAAAAUCGGCGGUUUUGCACUAGCUAGAGAUGUUUCUAAAAAAGACUAUUACCGCUUGGUGGGAAUGGAUUGUCUUCCUAUUCGUUGGAUGGCACCGGAAUCUUUGGUGGUCGGAAUAUUUACUUCCCAAAGCGACGUUUGGUCAUUCGGGGUUCUAAUGUGGGAAAUUACAUCGUUGGGUGAGCAUCCCUACACUGACAGGACUAAUCUGGAAGUGAUAGAAUAUGUACGCGCUGGAGGCAGGUUGCCAAAACCUCUCAAUUGUCCACUAGGUUUGUACGAGUUGAUGCUACAUUGCUGGAAUCCAGCGAAUGAUAGACCGAACUUCAAACUUUGUCUCGAAAAUAAAAAAAAAUACAGUUAA